CACAGUGUGCUCUGCACGAUCAGCCUUCAUCAUGGUUUUCAAUGCACUGUGUAUUUGGAAAAGGCUCCUUUUAGUUUCUUUGCUCUUUCUUUCUGUCCAUGGAAAAGACUCAGGGCCAUCUUUCAUGGUGACAUUUCCUGCAGUGAUCGAGUCGCAGUCUGAGGCUAAACUGUGUGCAAGUCUUCUCAAACCCAAUGAAAGCCUUGUUAUGAACAUUUAUCUGCUUGAUGGUGACCAGAGCACUUUACUGCUACAGGAGAAAGCUGAGGAAGAGUUUCACCGCUGCUUUAACUUUCAGACACCUCAGGUUGAAGCAGAAUCAGUGCAGACAAUGAAGGUGGAACUUCAGGGGGAGAACUUCAAAAUGACCGAAAAGAGAAAAGUCAUGUUCAGACGUUACAACCCUUUGACUUUUAUCCAGACUGACAAGCCCAUCUAUAUUCCAGGACAGACAGUGAAUUUCAGAGUUGUCACCAUGGAUAGAAAUUUUGUACCCUUUGAUCAGAAGUACAGUACAGUAGUACUGGAGGACAAUCAGAAUAACAGGAUUGGUCAGUGGACAAAUAUUUCCUCAACAAGGUGGAUACUGCAGCUUUCUCAUCAGUUAAACCCAGAGGCCCGUCAAGGCAUUUACAAACUGAAGGCUUAUAUUGGUGAACGAACGAUCACGCAUAAUUUUGAGGUGAAGAAAUAUGUUUUACCCAAGUUUGAGAUUACCAUGAAAGCUCCGAAAGAAAUAAGUUUUGGUGAUAGUGACAUGAAUAUGGAGGUUUGUGGAAAAUACACAUUUGGGCAACCUGUGGCUGGUAAAGCAAAGGUGGAAAUAUGCCGAGAACAUUGGAAAUCUAUGCGUAAUUCUCAAACAGAUUUGAUUUCACCAUGUUUGGUUGAAACUACUGAGAUGAGUGAGAUGGGCUGUGCCUCCUUUUCUUGGGACAUAUCAGUCUUUCUUAACUCUACAAAUGAGAGAGUUCUGAAAGAACAUCUUACUGUAAAAGUGAAUGUGAUAGAGGAAGGAACAGAAAACACCAUGGGGAAAUCUGAAAUUAUAAGUCUGACAUAUGAAAGUGGUAAAGCUACAUUUACUGAGCUACCCAAAAUUUAUGAGCAUGGGUCAGUCAUACAGGGAAAAAUCAAACUUGCAAAUGUACAUGGAGCACCUCUUCAAAACAAAGAAGUUUAUGUUUUGGAGGGUAAAAGACGGUCCUCAAAACUGCUCUUAAAUCUCACUACAGACAGCGAUGGACUGGCCGAAUUCUCUCUUAAUACAUCUAGCCUUUCUAAAAGUGAUAUUAAUCUAAUGGCAAGUGCAUAUCCAGAGUUUCAGCAUCAAAGUUUUACAACACCUUACUUCUCUACAGAAGAAAAAACAAUUCAGCUUCUCCGGCCUGCCACUCCAUACACCCCAACAUUAAGUGAACUGAUUAUAGAGAAUAUUGAGCAACCAUUAAAGUGUGAUGCUGAGUUUACAAUGACCAUCAAGUAUUAUUUUGUUGGAGAGACUGUUGAAGACUUCAAAACUGACAUUGUCUAUAUAGUCUUGUCCAGAGGAGUGAUUGUUCAUCAUGGAUAUGAGAAGGUUGAAGUGAAGUCUUCUGAUGGAGCAGCAAAUGGCUCAGUGUCGUUCAAACUGUCUGUUGUUUCGGAUCUGGCUCCUGCAGUGCAGAUUCUGGCUUACUGUGUUCUGCCCAGUGAAAAUGUUGUUGCUGGUAACAGAGAUUUCACAACUGAGAAAUGUUUUAAAAACAAGGUUUCUCUGCAGUUUUCUCCUGCUAAAGCAGUUCCUGGUGAGAAAAACACUCUCCAGCUCUCAGCUCAGCCUGGUUCACUGUGUGGCCUCAGUGCUAUAGAUCAGAGUGUCCUGAUCCUGGAGUCAGGAAAACGUCUGGAUACUGACAAGAUCUUUAACCUGCUGCCAGUACGGUCGGUAUCAGGUUAUCCUUAUAAUGCUGAGGAUACACCAGAGUGUCUGGAAGUUAGACCUCGUCGGGCUGUGUCGCUAGACCGUAUUUAUGACAGCUUGAAGAAAGUGGGAUUGAAGAUGGCAACAAAUUUGCAUGUGAGACAACCCCUUUGUCUGACAUACUAUGGCGUUACUUAUGAGAAACAUAUUUUAGUUGGGAGGAGGAACUACUAUUCUAGAAAACUAUUAAAAGGAUCUGCUGAACUACCUGUGGAGACAGUUCGUACCUUUUUCCCAGAAACAUGGAUCUGGCAGCUCACUGCAGUGGGAGACUCUGGAUCAGCUCAGGUUCCUGUCACGGUUCCUGACACCAUCACCUCUUGGGAGACAGAGGCCUUCUGUCUGUCCUCCAAAGGUCUGGGUCUGGCUCCUCCUGCUCAGCUGACAGUUUUCCAGCCCUUCUUCCUGGAGCUCUCUCUGCCGUACUCCAUCAUCCGUGGGGAGAUCUUUGAGCUGAAGGCCACUGUCUUCAAUUAUCUGUCCAAGUGCAUCAUGGUUAAAGUGACUCCAGCUCCUUCCUCAGACUACACUCUCAAAGCCUCCUCUGAUGAUCAGUAUUCAUCCUGUCUGUGUGCUAAUGGAAGAAAAACCUUUAAAUGGAUCCUCACUCCUUCUGUUCUUGGAGUCUUGAAUAUUACAGUCAGUGCAGAGGCAGAGGCGUCCCAGACCCUGUGUGACAAUGAGAUUGUGAGUGUGCCAGAGAGAGGACGCAUUGACACAGUCACACGAAGUCUGCUUGUACAGGCUGAAGGAACUGAAAAGACAGAGACCUACAGCUGGUUACUGUGUCCAAAGGGUGACAGUCUCUCAGAGGAAGUGGAUCUGACUCUUCCUAAAGAUGUGAUAGAGGGAUCAGCCAGAUCCUCUGUUUCAGUCAUUGGAGACAUAUUGGGUCGUGCACUGAGGAAUCUUCAUGGAUUAUUACAGAUGCCGUACGGCUGUGGAGAACAAAACAUGGCUAUACUUUCUCCCAAUAUUUACAUUCUGCAGUAUCUGGAAAACACAGAGCAGCUCACCUCAGCCAUCCGAGAGAGAGCCACUGGCUUCCUUAAGAACGGAUACCAGAGACAACUGAACUACAGACAUAACAGUGGUGCAUACAGUACAUUUGGACACGGAGAUGAGAAUACAUGGUUGACUGCCUUUGUCCUGAGGUCUUUUGGCAAAGCACAGAAAUACAUAUUUAUUGAUCCACAAAUUAUUCAGAGUGCAAAGGAAUGGUUAAUAAGCAGACGGGAUUCAGACGGUUGUUUUAUCCAACAGGAACUGUUCAACAACAGAAUGAAGGGUGGAGUGAAUGAUAAUGUGACCAUGACUGCCUACAUUACUGCAUCAUUGCUUGAACUGGAAACUCCAGUCACAGAUCCUGUCGUCACUAAAGGUUUGUCAUGCUUGAGAUCCGUCAUUGAGGAUGUCAAAAACACUUACACCACUGCUCUGCUCGCCUACACUUUCAGUCUGGCUAGAGACACGGACACUCGACAGCAGCUUUUCAAGAAACUGGAGGAUGUUGCUAUUUCAGAAGGGUCUCAUCUCCACUGGUCUCAGUCUGGAUCUGCUGGUGACUCUGAUUCUCUGGCAGUGGAGAUCAGCUCAUAUGUGCUGCUAGCUGUUCUCACUACAGAUUCAGUCACUCCAGCUGAUCUGGGCUUUGCUAACAGGAUUGUCAGCUGGCUUGUGAAGCAGCAGAAUGCCUAUGGAGGAUUCUCCUCCACACAGGACACAGUGGUGGCUCUUCAGGCUCUGUCUUUGUACGCCACCAAAGUGUUCAGCUCUGACGGCUCCAGCACAGUGACUGUACAGUCAGCAGGAGACACUCACCACUUUGAUGUCAAUCAGGACAACAAGUUACUGUACCAGGAGAAGCAGCUGCAGAACGUUCCAGCCAAAUACAGCAUUGAAGUGAAGGGCUCAACCUGUGUGUCUGUGCAGAUUGCUCAGUUCUACAACAUUCCCACUCCUACUGAAGCUAAAACAUUGAGGAUUGAUGCUAAGAUUGAAGGAGAUUGCAAGAAAACCUUUGGACAGGAUCUAUUGUUAAAUUUCACUGUGACAUAUAAUGGUCCACAGGCAAGAUCUAACAUGGUCAUUGUGGAUAUUAAGCUCUUAUCAGGAUUCACAGCUGAUACGUCAUUGCUUGAACUUCAACGUCUUUCAAGAACAUCACUUGUGGAGCGUCUCGAUUCUAAAGAUGAUCAUGUCAUUGUGUAUCUGAAAGAGGUUCAAAAAAAUAUACCAGUGAAUCUCCAGAUAAAAUUAAAACAGGUUCUUCCAGUGAAGAAUCUCAAACCUGCUGUGAUUAAAGUGUAUGAUUACUACCAAACAAGUGAUCAGUCAGAGAUGGAGUACUCGUCCCACUGUGAAUGAAGUGUCAUGCUACAGUUCUGCAGCUUGGAUAAAGAUAAUAAAUUCUCACACAAUGUUUAAUGCUUCA